CCUCCCUGCGCUCUCUAGUCCCCCGCUUCCCUUUGCCUGUCUCCUGGGCAACGCUAACUUCCGGUCGCGCGUUGUGGGCAGGGUCAAAAUGGCGACGAGAACUCAGUUUCCUGCAUCUGCUGAAUCUCAAAAACUCGGCAAGAAAAAAGCUCCUGAGUGCCCUGUCCUGGAGAAGCUGAACUGGCUGCUCCAUCUGCACUACAUCCGGAAGGACUAUGAGACCUGCCAGACUGUUAUCAAAGAACAGCUUCGGGAGACUCACGGACUGUGUGAAUAUGCUAUCUAUGUCCAAGCACUGAUACUUCGCCUGGAAGGAAACAUCCAGGAAUCAUUGGAUCUCUUUCAGAAGUGUGCUAUUCUCAGCCCACAGAAUGCAGACAACUUCAAGCAGGUCGCACGGUCACUAUUUCUUUUGGGAAAACAUCAGGCAGCCAUUGAAGUAUACAAUGAAGCAGCUAGACUUAACCAGAAAGAUUGGGAGAUCUGCCAUAACCUAGGAGUGUGCCACAUGUACCUGAAGCAAUUCCAUAAGGCCCAGGAGCAGCUGCACAGUGCCCUGCAGUUGAGCAGGCACGAUCUGACCUACAUCAUGCUGGGGAAGAUUCACCUGCUGCAGGGUGACGUGGACAAGGCCAUCGAAAUCUACAAGAAGGCUGUAGAAUUCUCGCCGGAAAACAUGGAGCUGCACACGACACUGGGGCUGCUCUACUUACAGCUUGGUGUGUACCAGAAGGCAUUUGAACAUCUUGGAAAUGCACUGACAUAUGACCCCACCAACUACAAGGCCAUCCUGGCGGCAGGCAGCAUGAUGCAGACCCACAGGGACUUUGACGUGGCCCUCACCAAGUACAGAGUUGUAGCCUGUGCCGCCCCCGAAAGUCCCCCUCUCUGGAAUAACAUUGGAAUGUGUUUCUUUGGCAAGAAGAAAUAUGUGGCAGCUAUCAGCUGCCUGAAGCGAGCCAAUUACCUGGCCCCCUUUGACUGGAAGAUCCUGUAUAACCUGGGCCUGGUCCACCUGACCAUGCAGCAGUACGCGUCUGCCUUCCACUUCCUCAGUGCCGCCAUCAACUUCCAGCCCAAGCUAGGGGAGCUCUACAUGCUGCUGGCUGUGGCCCUGACCAACCUGGAAGAUACGGAGAAUGCCAAGAAAGCCUACUUGGAAGCAGUGCACCUGGACAAGUGUAACCCCCUGGUAAACCUGAAUUACGCUGUGCUGCUGUACAACCAGGGCGAGAAGAGGGGUGCCCUGGCCCAGUACCAGGAGAUGGAGAAGAAAGUCACCUAUCUCAAGGACAACAGCUCUCUGGAGUUUGACGCUGAGAUGGUGGAGAUGGCUCAGAAACUGGGAGCUGCUCUCCAGGUUGCUGAGGCUGUGGUCUGGACUAAACCAGUGACAGAUCCCAAAGCAAAGCACCAGACCGCUUCUGCCAGCAAACCUGCCAGUCUCCAACAGCCUCUGGGCUCCAACCAAGCUCUGGGACAGGCGAUGUCUUCGGCAGCCUCUUACAGGAAGCUCCCUGCAGGUGGAGGAACAACGCAGCUCACAAAGCCACCAUCUCUUCCCUUGGAGCCAGAGCCCAUGGAGGACGCAAGUCCAACUGAAGCAUCAGAACAAAUAAGAGAGCCAGGCAUGGUGGCACAUGCCUAUAAUCCCAGAACUCGGGAGGCUGAGGCAGGAGGGUUGCCACUAGUUCAGGGCCAGCCUACAGUAGGAAGUGAGAGUCUGUCACAAAAAACCAAAACAAACAGAAUAAGAGAGAAGUAGGAGGUUUUCUUGGGGGAAGCUGCAGUGGAUAGAGGAAGGUCACCCAAGCAGGCUAAGUAGAGGUCGGUGCCAGAGUGUUGAGCGAGGACUGGGGCUGUGCUGUAACUGUGAGGCUCCAUGCCGGUGCAGCCUGCACCAGCCCAGAGAUAGGGAGCAAAGAGCAGCAGUUCUCCACGAGACAGAGACAAGGCGAGGCUGUCAGUAAGGAACAGGGUGCUGCUGGCUUCGGGGAGGACUUCCUUUGGGCGGGGCGUGACCUCUUAGUACCCUUGUGAGGACAAAGCCUUGGCCUAGCUGUGACCUCAGACCGUGGGUGCUGACAGCCCACUGGGCAGACACCAAUCUUGAAUCAAUACAAUCUAAACAGCCGAAAAGAAAUGAUGGAAAGAAGUGCUAAGUUGAGGUCCAAACUUGAGGCGCCCAGUUUCCCCAAAGGGAAUCCAGAACAAGUCCUGAGUUUCCUUUUGCUGAGGUCCAGGGCUGGAUCACCAUGUCAAGGCCUGGUAUCAGCAGCAAGGAUUAACAGCAAAUCAGUCCCUUAGCAGAGGAGUUUAGUGCCAGACAGUGCUGUGCACUGCCCAGCUGCUCUCAGUGCAGUCAUGUGUCCUAAAGAUCAUACUGUGGUUCUCUGGGCAAAGCUGUCCUUCAUGAAGAAGAAAUGAGAGAUCACAAUAAACACUUCUAAAAAAACUGCCUGCUGUCAGCCCUCACUUGUCCCCAAGCCUGGUUUGGGACUGCAGGAGGAGUGGCAGGGUUGGUGGCUGUUGGGGCCAGCAGCAGACACAGCAGGUGGCAGACGUGAUGCCCAUGCCAUCCACAGGUGGGGCAGGAGGGCUUGCAGUGUCGGCUUCUGCGUCCACACAGAAGCUAUGCCUGGACAGAGCGGUUUGGUUACUGAGCCUGGGGCAGUUACUGAGAAGGUCUUGGAGAUUUCUUUGCAGGCAGCUGGAGAAGAGGUGUCGUGAGGGAUCUGGGAGCUAAAGAACAGCUAGGUGUGGCAGUGUGCACCUCAGCAACUCUAGUAUUUGAGAGACUAAGAUAGGAGGCUUGAGAAUUUGAAGCCAGCCUGGGCUACAUAGCAAGACCCUGUCUCAACAAUCAAAAGAAAUCAAAAAUUACAGGUUAACUGAAUGUGGCCAAUGACUGGGAACACUGGGGGCUGAGGGCCAACUGUCAAGUCUCCUGUCCUAGACCCACCUAUCUGAGGCCGACCAUCAAUGCCAUCUUCUGAGACCUGAAUAACUGGAUUUAGGAAUGGAAAGAGUCCGGAGUAAGGAGGACAGCUGAAAAUCCCAGAUUUGAAAGGAGUCUCCCAGAGCAAGCCAGCAUUGUCCAGCUCGCUGGGAGGCUCAGGCAGGCAUCAAGCAGGAGCCCAACUUGAACAACUUGGUGACACCCCUUUGUCAAAGUGAAGAUAAAAACUGGGGCCAGGGUGUAGCUCGGUGCCUAGGCCUGCAUCUAGUCCUUAGUACCUGAGUGAGUAAAAAAAAGACACCGCAAAGCAGGAAGAAUAAAGGGAAAAGCAGAAGAGCUUACAAAAGAGGCAAGAGCAGGAACUGGGAAGAAUCAGAGUGGUGUUAGGGAAGGCCAGGCCAUUCACUGCACACCUGCAGUGGGAAGUGACAGGCAGUCACUGAGAGAGGCAGGUGCCAAGGCUGGGAGAGGCGAAGUGAGCUUCCCAUGCUAAGUGCCAGGGCCAGGAUUCGAAUCCAGGUCCUGACGCAGAGCUGCUCUUUGGUCAACUAGCAGUGUCUCACCUUUGCUGAGGCUUGGAGACUGAAGAGGAAAUUAGGUGUCUCAGUUCAGAAAGCUCUGAAGUAAUAGACAGAACUGAAUUUAUUCCCUGGGAGCUGAGAACGUUGAGGACAGAAGAGGGCAGAGGUCUCCCUUUUCCCUCAGUGAAGAGGUGAGAAGUGAAGAAUGCAGGGUCAGGACCCUGUUUGCUAUCCCUGGCCUUCUUGGGACAAGAUGGCACCUGGCACCCAGGGCAGCAGGAAGCAAGGAGUGCCUUCCACAUCCACUCAGGCUCAGUCCUAAGAACAGUCAAAAGCAGGCUGCACACGUCCUGUCUUGUGGGUGUGUGAAGAUGCUCUAACUUCUGGGUUUUUGGUUUGGUUUGGUUUGGUUUGGUACAGCUGAAUCGAACUCACAACCUCGAGCUUGCCAGGCAGGUGCUCAUGCUGCUGAGCUAUAGCCCGGGAUCUGCUGUAACUUCUGAGGGUUGCUUGUAUCACAGUUUUUCAAAAUAAGGAUAAUCCCAACACUUGGGAGGCUGAGGCAGGAGACGGAUCACUGUGAGUUUGAGGCCAGGCUGGGCUACAUAAUGAGUUCAAAGCUACCCAGAACUACAUAGCGAGGCCCUGUCCCAUAAAAACAAAAUGAGGGCCAGGGAUCUAGCUCAGCAGCACAGCAAAUGUGAGGUCCUGAGUUUGAUUCCCAGUACCAAAAACAAAUAAUGAAAUAAUAAGGAAGUUGAAGCCAACUACAUAAUCACAAGAACAGAUAAUGCUUUUCAGUGGCUUAAUUUAGAGGCAGAAAAGAAGCAUGAAUUAGGGUUAGAGGCUCGUGCCACCAUACCCAGCUGUAUACCAUAUUCUGGGGAAGACUUUAAAUCCUGCCAAGGUAAAUUUUCCCAAGUGAACCUACAGAGUCAUUACGAUCUCAGCAGUUUCUGGGUAGCAAUGCACAGGCUGAUUGGAAAGUUCUGUGGAAAGAUGAAGACCGAGCAUAUCUAAGGUGAUCUUGAACAAAAUUGGAAGAUGAGCCCUUCUGCACCUCAAGGCUUAACAAAGUCACCAUGUGGCCCUGGCAUGAGAAUACACAGGUAAGAAAGUGUAUACACAGAUUGCGCAGUCAUUUAACUUCUUGAUAAAAGCACCACAGCGAUGUGAUGCAAAAUGUCUCCAACAAAAGUCACUGGUGCUGGGAUGCCUGAAUGGCUGUAUGGAAGAAAAUAAACCAAGGGGCUUGGGGCAGGAGGACUUCAGUGAAAGGUGGAAGAUUUCAGCUAAGUGGAGUGAGGUGAGGACAGCCAAACAGUGACAACAUAACAGCAGUACUGUGUUGUUGGGAAUUACUAAAAUUAGGUUGUGUUACCACACACCCUAAAAAAGGCCAGCUAGUGCCUAUGUCAGUGAUCUUGAUUGAACUGCUCCACAGUAUGUGCAAAGGAACACAUAUACAGUGUAGAAUUCCCAAGUAAAAUGUAAAAUAAACCUGACCUCGGCCUAACACUAUGAAGGUCCCAUGAAUCAGAGCCAGAAAAUCCAGCUCACAGGGACACAGCCCAGAAGUCCAGGAGUCCUGUGUGCUGCCUACCCCCUGCCCCUCCUGAGUUCCCACUGGGCGUGCGCUCUGCCCUGCCUGUGUACUUGCAGUGGGGCAAGGUGCAGCUGAGCUGCAGCUUCACUCCUGGGUCUAUCUCUUGCUGGAGCACUGUAUAGUCUUCUUAAUCAGUUGAAAGGAAAAUGCCUGGUCGUUGCAAAGCUGGCAGCUGCCUUUGUAGCUGCCACCCCAUUUAGCUGCUGCUGUGGGAGCCCCACACAAGUGGUGCCCAGGGUGGGGGACAGGUAGUGCACUGGUAAGGUGGCUGGGCACAGCUUGUGUCACAUGGGGAAGGUGAAACACAGGCUGGACAGGUGAGAACAGGAGUGAAAGGUGGCAUUCAUGUGAGGACCACAGUGUGCGCAGGAGGGAGUUGUCCUCUCUGGACUCCAGGCAAGAAGACCUGUCCAUCAUUUCCUGGACGUGUAAUCAAAACCUGCCACUGAAAAGGCAGAAAAGUCUUCUGCUGUUCUUAGCGAUGAUUCAGCUGUGCCUGAAACUAUCCCUAUCCCUGAAAAGAGCAGUGAUUGACAGGCAAGGGCAAACACAGGUGUGACAGGUUGUACACUGAUAAGGUGAUAGGUAAAUUAUCAUCCAUCAGGUGGGUGACGUGAACAUGCCACAGUUCUGCUCUUUCUGCAAAAACUGCAGCUCCGUGUGGCAGGAACAGUGUCCCUAAAGAGCCAAUCUGGCUGUGGGAUCUCCUUUCCAUGUAGAACUCCCCACUACUGGGUCAGGUCCAGUAGGCAUGGGCCUCUUCCAGGUCAUUCUCUGUGCCUUCAGAGACCAGCAGUAUCCUGAUGCCAGCUGCUUCCUCAGUAUUGAGAUUACGUCAGACUCACGAAGUGUUGGAGGCCUGAAAGGAGGUCUCUUGUCACAUAACCUGUGGCACAAGGAAACCAGUAGCAUUCCUCAGUUCACAAUGUGAAAACAGCCCCAACUUCAUGAGGACACCACCUGCAAAGCAGGAUGAGUUUCAGGUGGCAGAGAGGACAUGUCAGUUGUCACCCUCAGUCCAACAGUCACCCUCAGUCCUCAGUCUCACCUACAGUGGCCCCUGAGGUCUUUAAAGCACGUGAGUGACUGCACACAGAGGGAAACUAACUUGCAGCAGAGAGCUCUUUCCAGGUCACAGGGGAAGCUAGCACCUCCCUGUUUUGUAACCCAUGCCCUACCCUGUACUGCUGUGCAUGACCUCUGUACUUCUGUGUCUGACCUCACUGCUUCUUAAUUUUUAUUCAAAAACUUCAAGCUGCUUUAAAAAGUAAAAAUCCAAAAACUUACAAUUAGGCUUUAUUUUCAGACUUUGAAGGAAAAAGUUUUCCAAUUAAACAGCCACUGUCAGUAGAUUCUAGAAGAGGGGGUAACACAUGGGCACAUCGGGCCUGGGUUAAUACAAAGGGGUUUAAUCAGAUGCCCAGGAACACUUGGAAAUCAGACUUCCACUGCCUCCCUAGAAGCACAUCUUGGCACACAUUUUUGUCUUUGGAAAUAGCAAGCAUAAACAACAGCAGACAGACAGGUGAGCGCUGCAGAGCUGGCACUGAAGGGCAGCAUGCCAGGCCACACCAAUCUCUGAGUCUCAGCAGGAAGAGUGCAGAGGACCCUCACCCUGCCAUAUUACAGCUAGUCUCUCAUCUAGAGCAUGCCCAGCCCUCACUGCAAAGCCAGUGAUCAUUCAGAUCUGCAGGCCUCAUGGAAAGGAUGUGGAUCUUUCCUAAGGAUGAGCCCUGAGCAGCACCAGCAGCAGGCGCCACUCACUGUGGAACAUGAGCAGCCUUUCUGUGUAGUAGCAGGGGCUUUAGACACGGGGGCAUCUGUACCUCACAUCCCACUGUGAAGCCCCCAGGGUCUCAUAGUUUCCCAACUAUUAGAAACAAUUCCAAGGCUGUAUAUUAAAUCGCGAGAGCUUGUCAUAAUUUAUUUCACCAUUUUCCCAUUGCACAUUUGGGCUUUUUCACAUGUUAAACCAACAAAAACAUUUUUUGAAACAGGGUGUUACCAUGGAAUCGAGGCUGACCUUACACUUGCUAUGGAGCCCAGUUUGGCCUCAAACUCAUGGCGAUCCUGCUGUCUCUGCCCCCAGAGUGUGGGGAUUGUAGGUUUAUAAUGGUUAUGUGAUUGAUGAGUAUUUUUCUGCCUCACUGGAUUGUGAGCCCUCAAAGGUUGUUUCUGGCUGUGCAUGUCCAUUCUGAGGGAGGAUGUAAUGCAGUGGGGAGACUCCAGCAUUUGUCCAGUCACUGAAGGAAGGAACCUCUGAUUUGCACUGAAACAAGCUUCAUCCACACAAUGUUCCUGACCUUCCUAUCAGCAGUGCAUAGUAACCUCCCUUAUCUAAGGCUUUUCUGUAGUCCUUUUAAUCUCUGGCAGAGAAAAGACGAAACACACUGUGUGGAGCACUACAUCCUGGGCACAUUCGACCCCAGAGGGCUGCUUGGUGAAGGAUGUCCCAGAAAUAAAUGCCAUAGGCUGCACCAGGGACUGCCCAGAGCUCCUCAGUGACCUCAGCAAACAGAGCUGCUCUGAGAAAGGCUGGAGUCCCCACCCACAACCCAUGAGGACACCGUCCCUGCCUAGGGAACCAGAGCUCAUGGGACCCUCUGCAGCAACUUCCAGGCAAGGAAUCUUAGAACCUGCGACCUCAAAGACAGAGGGUAACAUGGGAUGAAAAGUCACCAGCUGGUGCUGGAGGAAGGAAAAGGGUAAAGACUUCAGCCACUGAGGGGUAGGUGUGUGCUUCCCCAGGGCAGGGAGUCUCCAUCUCCUUCCCCUUACAGGAUGCUUAGGAAACUAGUAAGUUCUUCACAGCAGGGAGGCACAAAGCCACCAUGUGUCCACGGAAUCCACUGGAGACUGCCAGACAUUGACCACUUUCAGACCAGUGUGAGUGGCUCUACAUGCUGUGCUGUAACCUGAGUUUGAAUAGCAAGUUUGUCUUCACCAGCAACUGUACUGGGCUUGGCUUCCUGAGGCUGUGGCUGCAUGGGCAGCAUUUAGAGGGUGAGGGAGGAAGGAGGUCUGGCUGUUCUGGCCUUUGGCAAUAUUCAGUGUGCUCUGACAACACAGCUUGCCAGAAAUUUAGCAAUAAGGUGGCAGAUUUUUUUGUGGAUGAACAGUUAAAUGAGCACAAGCUAAGCAGAAAAGACACCAGCUGAGAGAGGCAGGUACAGCGAGCCCAGCGCAGGGUCUCACUUUGUCCUCUUCCCUGAUGCUGUCCCCUCCCCUGCUCAUCCUACCUCUAUGAUGUGUAUGGGAAAGAGUGGUUGGUGUGCUUGAAACUAAGGAGAGAUUCGUAUGCACAGGAGUCCCUGCUUUACACAGUCAGCGCUGCCUCUGCCCACUGUCCUUCCUGGAUGGUGACUUCUGCAUAGAGCACAAGAGCUUAUUGGCCUCAAAGCUCCUAAAGACAGUUUCACCUAAAACCUUUUUAAAGCCUGUGCCAUUGUGAAAAGCUCAGAGCUCCUGCUUAGAUCUCACUGUACACUGAGAGACAACCCGGCAUGGUCCAGGCAGAGAAAUGGGAGAAGUGGAUCGCUUUUCCAUCCCUGGUGUCUAAGAGUAGGUCAGAGCCUGUGUGAAUGAGCAUCUCACCAGUAACCAUAGCAUUUCCCAUAGGGAGGACCGUGAUUCCCAUUGCUGCCUUGACCUCUGAAAGGAGGAUUCCUGAAAUGCUUUUCUCCAGGGUCCAGGGACCAAAGUAGAUCACAUUUUCCCCCAAACAAUCCAUCCAAUCCCUAUCAAGAACUCCUAUAUUCUUUUGUAAUACAUUUGUUUCCUUUUUUGUUUUAUGAAAAAAAUAAAAUUUCAUAAAAAUAGUAAUUACAAUAUUUAAUAUAAUAAUGUUUUAUUUCCACCACUAAUUUCUUUCAGUUGAUUGAAAAGUUUUGUGCUAAUAUUUGCUUAUGUCUUUGUGAUACUCUUUUUUGAUGUCUUAUAGGUUUCAGAGUUUCUUACAGUGAUAUUGCAGCUAAAAAUGUAGCUAUCACUUUGAUAUGCAUGCAUGUCAGUAUACAGAGAAGUGAGAGAAAGGAGACAGCACUUUUCAGGCACAGUGGACAGCUGGCUUCUGGAGAGGGGAAGAAAGGAGAGGGCACAGGCCAGAUGGGCUGUGCUAUGAGACAAAGUCCCUCUCUCUUGACCUCAUCCCUAAUCUCCAGCCCCUUCCCCUCAGGGCAGGGCAGCAGCAGGGAGCUCUGUGGCAGCAGGGUGGACCCACUGAACAGAUUCGCAGACUCUGGGACACCAGAGCCGCCUCCUCUGGGUCAGAGUGGACAUCUCCACCUUCUGAGUGAAUCAGACCUUGGGAUGUGUUAUCAGGUGGCUUACAGCUCAGGUCCUAUGGAGCAUCUUCCAAGCAUUGUGUCUGCCUCUCAAAUCUCCAUUCAGUGCCCCAGGCAGCUGGUUGAAGUGGGUGAUGUGCUUUUCCUGCCUUGCUUGCCCUUCAAUGGCCAUAACUUCUGGCACCAGCCUGCUCUGUGGGGAAGGGUCAUUGUCCCCACUCACGUGUUCAUGGCAGAAAAGUCCCUUCUGCUGUGAUCUCCAUGUCUCCUUCUUUGUCAGCCAGUGCCCACAACCCAUGAUUCAGCUGUCACCUCCUGAGAACACCUUGCUGUCCUCCCGACAGCUGGUCCCCUGCUGUUCAUCUCAGAUCUUUCACAAGAAUGUGAAACAUAUGCAUGGUGUCAUCACCUUUAGGUGACCUUCUAGCUGUGUCACACAUGCCCAGUGAUACAGCUCACUUUUUUAUAUACACAGCUGAGUUCUCUAUUCCCAAAAUUGAACACUACAUUUGAGGACAUAAGAAGGAAGGUAGGAGAGUGUUCAUUGAAUACUAAGAAAAAGCCCUUUGUGGUUACCAAAAAUGGAGAGGGGUCCACCAUAUUUUAGUUACCUUAUCCUUUUGUGGAUGGAGGAGUGGAGUUUUGCUUGUCAGGGGUGAGCUCAAAGGGAAACUACUUGUCUUGCAUUUGUUGCUUUCUGCAAGUCAGGAUGGCAGGGUGGUGAACAGCAGAGAAAUGGCCCCUUUGAUAUUUGGUGUCCAGAUGCUGAACUGUGGCUCCAGGAGGAAGAGAAGGAAGGCAAGUCUGUCCCUGGCACCCAGCAAGGAUCUAGAGUGAGACUUGAAGCCCAAAGGGAGAGCAAAAAGAGACCUCAUGCAGCUUUCUUAAACCUGCCGAUGAGGGGCUGGGGAUUUAGUUCAGUGGCAUAAGCACCUGCCUUGCAAGCAGGCGGUCGUUGAGUUCAAUCCCCGGUACGGAUAAAAAGGAAAAAGACAAAAAAAAAAAACCUGCUGAUGCACAGUGACAGCCAGGCAACCCAGAGGCCUCCAAGGAGAAAUGCACCAGUGUAAUGGAGCAGUGCCUGCUGAGGGCUGAAGUGCCUGUUGAGUUAUUAGGGUUCAGGCAUCCCCCAGGAGAGGGCAGCUGGCCAAUAGCCAUAUUGGAGAGGGGUCACAUGAACUAGGAACUCAGAGCAGCUGUGGACUGGCUCCCCCUAGUGGCUCCCAGUGUCAGGGUGAGGCAAAAGGCAGAUCAAAUUGGCAGGAGGUUGUGGCAGGGAGUUGAGCUAAGACAAGCAGGGGGAGCACACAGCACACAGAGUGUUUCAGGCUAAUCAAAUCAGGUUCCAGGCUCACAGGCCAAACCAGCCUGAACUUCAGUGAACCUAAAGGCUCAGGCUUGCCAGGAUUAUCCACAGCCCUGCCACAACCUAUGGCUGGCUUGCUGGGAUUAAUGGACCUGGAUCUGGGCUCUGUCUGCCCAAUUUGUCUACCAAGGACAACAGAGAGAGGUCUUUUAAGUGCACACUUCGCCUUUUCUUUUUCUUUUUUGUUUUCUUCUUGUUUUUAUGAAUGUGAAUAUGGAUUCUUUGGUUGGCUUUUUUCUCUGAACGUAUGUAUUAUUUCUACCUAUUUUCUGUUUUGUUUAGUCUUUCUUUAAAAAAAAAAAAAAAGUUGUAGCUAUCGGAUCAAGUAAGCCCAAAUAAUGGAACAAACCAGAAGAUGAAAGGUGGAACACCCAGACCCUUACUCCUCCUCCUCCUUCCAACAAUGCCUUAGCUUUUGUGGCAUCAGUUACAGAUAAACUGAAGUUAGUGAUUACUGUAGAUGAAUCCUUGCUAUGUACCUCCUUUUUAUAUUAGAUCAAUAUUAGCUUAGCAUUUGUAACCCAAUAGAUCAGUUUUAGCUUGACUUGAGGCAACCUGUGAAAUUAUCCUACUGUACAGAGCACUCCUGGACAAUGAAAUUUUACUGCACCAAAACCCUCAGGAUCUUCAGUUCCAACCUACUUUCAUGCUCCACUCUGCUGUCAGGAUCCUGACUCGCCCAUGAACUUCUGACUUCCCUUCUGCACCUGCUGUUCCAUUCUUUGCUGAUAUGAAAUUUGAACUUGGUGUAUUUAGCAGGUUGGAAUCCAUUUUACAGUAAUACCUCGAUUUUUUAAAAAAGCUAAAAGGUUGGGGCUGGAGGUUUAACUCAGCGGCAUAAGCGCCUGCCUUGCAAGCAGGCAGUCGUGAGUUUGAUCCCUGGUACCGAUAAAAAGGAAAAAGACAAAAAAAAAAAAAAAAAAGCUAAAAGGUAGAAAUUACUCCAAUCUGUAUAAAUUGAUGAAUAACCAAAAAUUUAAGUGCAUCAUAAUAAUAUGCGUUCAUUAAUAAAAAUAGUUUAUGGAUAAAUGAUAAAUACAUGUAAAUUCCAUACAGAGGAAACAGACAGAGAAAAUGUUAAAUUUUCACAUACACAAAAUGGCUACAAUAUAUCAAUGCAUACAAUACACGGUAGAUUCCUCAUUCAUAUGUCUUGGGAAAAUACAGUAAACAAGGAACCUGGUUUCGUUAGGAGAAAAUAAAAUGUUUGAAAUGGACAA